AUGCAAUUCAUUCAAUCAGAUUGUGAGGAUAUCAAUGCACUUGAAACACGAGCAAAGGCGUUGGCGAGUUGUGCUCAAUCAGAGUUGGCUUUACGUGAUGCAUUGGAAAUCAUUCAGCUAGCACCUUCAUCAUCCGCUGGUCAUUCCCUUGCUGGUUGGAUUCAUACCCAAUUUGGUCAACAUGAAACAGCUCUUCAAUGUUAUAAUGGUGCUUUACGAGUGGAAGACGACGCGAUGAAAUGGAAAGAGAUAGAUGAAUGCCGAAGACACAACGCCCAACAGCUCUUGAAGCGAAUCGACUUUGUCAGCAGCCUUCCUUUCGAGUUGCUCUCAUUCAUCCUGCCAGAUACCUUGAAGAUUCUCUCCAUUGGUGAUCUCUCCUACUUGCACGUAUGCACAACAUGGCGACAACGUGUAUUGCAAUCCACUCAACUUCGAUGGAUCCGCCCUCAAGUAUUAUCAUCUCAUGCCAUGCAUCUACUUCACGCAUACGCUCCAUUCAUUCAACAUCUUCGAUUACUAUGCCCUGUAUUCUAUCCGCUAGCUGUUCGACCUGGGACAUGUUUUACCUCUUUACGAUCGCUGAGUAUUGACCUGGAUUCGAAGGGUAGCACAACAGCAUUGCUUACGCUGUUUCCGAUGAUUGGGAAGACAUUGAAAGAACUUCGUUUAUGGAUCAACUAUCGCAUUCGAGAUGAAUGGAUUCGAUUCGAUGACAUCCUCCACCAUUUCCCCAACAUUGAGGUUUUCUCAAGUCGCAACGUGCACCUUUCACCUUUAUGUCAGACAUAUGCCAAUAUCAGUGGCCUCAUUAUCACGACUAUUUACAACCCUCUUAACGAACACGAGAUCAUCGCCUUGUUGAAACAACUACCAGCGUUGCAGGAAUUAAAGCUACCACGCUGCCAAAGCUCCCGCCCACUUGCUCUCAUUCACCAAUAUUGCCCUUCCCUUUGUUCACUUGGAUACAGCAUGACAGAGGAUUCUUCAAUGAGAUACAUUGCCGACAGGGUUAUCAAUGGCAAUGGGUUCCAUACCUUGGGGAUUAAGGCUGAAAGAGGUUUCCAAAUCCAUGACUUGGCUGCCGCAUUGACCGCAUAUUCAAAUACAUUGGUGUACAUGUCCCUGGUGGGGGUAGCGACUUCUCAAGGCAACAUCAUGAAUUUGGAUCCGAAUGUACGAUUCCCACGCCUCCGGGUUAUUUGGUUUGAUCUUGCCGCUGGUGAAGAAGGAAAGGAGUUACUACAAUGGAUCCUCAAGGAUGCACCAAACCUACGAAAGAUCGACAGGAUCCCUUACAAUAUCGAUCAUCCACAUGUUUAUGAAUCUAUGAAGGAGAUGCAGCAUCUCGGCUUUCUUGACUUUGCGUUACCAUCACCAACCUUGGUUCGCGUGCUAGAGUAUCAUGCAGCUUUGGGCCCACAGUCGACUUUACAUACACUGAAAAUCAAUUCCAUCGGCGAUCGUUGUGCACGUGCAUUGGAUGCCAUUUCUCGCAUGUCUACAUUGUUGAUCAUUCAUUUACAUCUUGGUGGUGCUACCCUGGGACAAGAGUUUGUUGCUAUUAUUGAGAAUCUCUUUAACGGAUGCCAGUGGUUGCAAGAGAUGGAACUAAGUUGUGACAAUGAAUUACCGCAUGAUAUUAUCCACAAGUUUCCUAUUUGCGACUGCCUUGAGACCCUCCUAUUACGCACGCCAAAUGAUUGGGGCGAAUGUCUGCUCGACCUAUUAGAUUGCGAGUCAUUGAUAUUCGUUGAUAUCCCUACCGAUAAUCUUCCUAUUGCAGUUGAAGAAGCUUUGAGUCAUUUACUUGAUGAUUGA